AUGGGUGACAAAGGUAUCAGCACAGGUGUGGCCCAAGGUGAAGCCUGCAGCAGCGGCGAGGAACGACCCAAAUGGGACAACAAAGCUCAGUACCUGCUCACCUGUAUCGGAUUCGCUGUGGGUCUCGGCAACGUGUGGCGCUUCCCUUACCUGUGCCAGAUCUAUGGGGGAGGUGCGUUCCUCAUUCCGUACCUGGUUGCGCUGGUGUUCGAGGGGUUGCCGCUGCUGUACCUGGAGUUGGCCAUCGGGCAGAGGCUGCGGCUGGGGAGCAUCGGUGUGUGGAACUCCAUCUCCCCUUACCUGGGAGGAGUAGGUGUGGCUUCAAUGAUGGUGUCUUUCCUGGUUGGUCUGUUCUAUAACACCAUUCUGGCCUGGGUCCUGUGGUACUUCUUCCACUCCUUUCAGGAGCCGCUGCCCUGGAGGGACUGUCCACUCAUCUCUAACUCCACUGGCUACGUGACUGAGUGUGUUGAAAGCACAUCUGUGAAUUACUUCUGGUACCGAGAGACGUUAAACAUUACUCCCAAUGUGGAGACCAGCGGGUCUCUGCAGUGGUGGAUGGUUGUGUGUCUGGCGACAGCUUGGAGUAUCGUCUACAUCUGCUUCAUCCGAGGCAUUGAGACCAUUGGCAAGGCUGUGUACAUUACAUCAACAUUCCCUUAUUUGGUCCUCACCAUCUUUCUGGUGCGAGCCCUGACCCUGCCAGGGGCCACUGUCGGGCUCUCCUACCUCUUCACCCCCGAUUGGGAAACACUGAAAAACCCAAGGGUGUGGCUGGAUGCUGCCACUCAGAUCUUCUUCUCCUUGUCAUUGGCUUUUGGAGGCCUCAUCGCCUUCUCCAGCUAUAACCCUCAGAACAAUAACUGUGAGCGGGAUGCUCUUAUCGUGGGGUGUAUUAACAGUGCCACGUCUCUCUACGCCUCCAUCCCCAUCUUUGCAAUCCUGGGCUUCAAGGCUUAUUCCAACUACAACACCUGCCUGGACAGGAAUAUCUUGAUUUUGACGGAUGAAUUUGACAUCAGCGAUCAGAACAUAACAUAUGAGAACUACGAUGCCUGGCUGCAUGACCUAAACGCCACACACUCUGACAGAGUGUCCAGCCUUGACCUGAAGCAGUGCGACAUCAACACCUUCCUGGGCCAGAGUGCCUCUGGGACAGGGCUGGCCUUCAUUGUGUUCACGGAGGCUGUGAUAGAAAUGCCGGCGUCACAGGUGUGGGCGGUGCUCUUCUUCAUCAUGCUGUUCAGCCUGGGCCUGUCAUCCAUGUUCGGCAACCUAGAAGGUGUCCUGACACCCCUGCUGGACCUCAACAUGGUGCCCAAGUGGCUGCCCAAAGAGGUCUUUACAGGAAUAAUCUGCCUGGCCUGCUUUGCCAUGGCGCUGAUUUUCACUCUCGGCUCGGGAAACUACUGGCUGGAGAUCUUCAACGCCUACGUAGGCUCCGUCCCCCUGCUUGUUAUCGCCUUCUUCGAGAUCGUAGGUGUGGUGUACGUCUACGGUAUUAACAGGUUUAGUGAGGACAUCCGGGUGAUGACCGGGCGGAAGCCCAGCAUCUUCUGGCAUGCCUGCUGGAGGGUGAUCAGCCCCCUCAUGCUGCUGGUCGUUCUCCUGGCCUAUGUGGUGGUCCAGGCCGCGGAUCACCCCACCUACCCUGCCUGGAACCCUGACUACGUGGAUUUCCCGUCUCCAGACGUGCAGCCAUACCCUGACUGGGUGUUUGCCAUCUGCGUGCUUCUGUCCGCUGUGCCCUGUAUCUUCAUUCCCCUGGUUGCCCUCUACAGGUUCAUCAGGUUCCUGCAGGGGAGGUGCAGAUCAGAGCAGCGCAGCCCCAACCCCUACCUUAAUGAAGGCUAUACCUCCGAAAUGUACAGGAGCCCUGCCCUGCAGCAGGGGGAUCUUUGUACAGCCCAUCGGAAUGGGAUAUUUAAAAUUGCCAGCGUGGGCCUGGAGCGUCAGCAGCUGAUGUCUGCCAUAGACGAUCUGUCCUCAACCACCAACACCAAGGCCCAACAGCGGCUCCAUCCUCUCCAGAGGCUCAAGCAGGCCAGCCUUCCCAUUCCGGCCCUCACCACCUUCUACAGGGGCACCACUGAAAGUGUUCUUACCUACUGUAUCACUGCCUGGUUCGGAAACUGCACAACUUCUGAACAGAAACAUCUGAACGGGAUAGUGAGAACAGUGGGGAAGAUCACUGGUGCCCCUCUCCCAUCCCUGCUGGAGAUCUUCAACCAGCGCUACACCCGCAGAGCCUCCAGCAUCACCAAGGACCCCAACCACCCCUCCCACAGCCUGUUUUCCCUCCUGCCAUCGGGGAGGAGAUACAGAAGCAUCCGUACCAGGACCACCAGGCUUCUAAACAGCUUUAUACCCCACGCUUCAGGGGAUCCUCUCAAAGACCUCUAG